ACUAAACAAAAAUAAAUUAAGAUAGUUACAUUUCACUUUAAUAAUUUAAAGAUAAUAUGUCCUUAUUUGGUGUUUGUGAUGGACAUGGUUAAGAUGGACAUAAAUGUAGUCAAUUCAUUCGAGAUAAUUUACCAAAAAAUAUAAAUUCUCUAUUGUCUUAGAAUUCUUAAUCUAUUUCUGAGACAAUCUCUAAAUCAUUUCUUAGAACAAAUAAUUUAUUAUGCAAUUUCGAAGAAAUAAUUACAUCAUUUAGUGGUUCUACAACAGUGAUAAGUUUAAUAGUUGAUGAUACAAUAUAUACUGCAAAUGUUGGUGAUUCUAGAUCUAUAAUUUGUAGAUAAUAAAGUAAUGGAAAUAAAAUUGCUAUAUCAUUAUCAAAUGAUCAUAAACCAGAUUUGCCUUAAGAAAGAAGAAGAAUAGAAUAGAAUGGUGGAAGAGUAGAACCUUACAUAGAUUUUGAUGGAUCAAGUUUAGGUCCUUUUAGAGUAUGGUUAAAAGGAGAAGAUAUUCCUGGUUUAGCCAUGAGUAGAAGUUUCGGUGAUAAAGUUGCAGCAAGUUGUGGUGUUAUAUGUGAACCAGGUUGUUAUGUUAUUUUUAUUUAGAAAUUCUUACACAUAAACUUUAAGAUUCUGAUUUAUUUAUGGUUUUAGCAUCAGAUGGAGUUUGGGAAUUCCUAAGCAAUGAAUAAGUAUAUUCUAUUCUUAAAAAAGGUUAUAGAUAUGAUAUAUCCAUAUUAUAUUCAAGAUGAAGGUAAUGCUGCAUGUGUUAGAAUUUUAAAAGAAGCCAUCAAAUUAUGGAAAUUAAAUGAUACAGUAAUUGAUGAUAUUACUGUUGUUAUUGUAUUCUUUAACAAAUAAAAAUGA